GCACACCUAGAGACACUAGCUUUAUAUAAUAUUUAACUAGAUUAAUAAGAUUAACUAACAUGAAACAAACAUAACAUUCAACAGAUACAAGAGUCAUGAUACUGUAUAUUAAGGACAAUUAGUAUAUUUCAAAAAUAAAGUUGGAUUACGAAACAGAAAAAGGGAAACUGCCCCAGGACUCCAAACCCCCUAGCCCCCAAGGGACCAGGUACUGAAUUGUUAGGGGCCUCACAAUUAAUGUGGCUACUGUAUUGAGAUUUUGUCAAGGGGGCCUGUGUCAAAAUACAUUUAAAAUGUUGUGCUUACAUGGUGCACACUUUUUCAAACAGGAAAACAUUUUGGUUUGUGUGUGACCGUGACCAAAUGUGUGCAGAGUGAGGCUAAAUAGAGAGCUCAUCUUUGCCCCAGUAUCGCAUAGUGGGCUAUCACCGCCCAGAGCCUCCUCAUAUUUUGCUUGUAAUUAUACCUAAUGCUUUCUUUUAACGUUAACAGUCUGCAGGAAACACAAAGAAGUUCAACAUAAAUAUGACUUUAGUUAGUUGAGGAUUCACAGCAUUUCAGUCUCUCACAAAUGUAUUUAUUAUUACAACAAUCAGUAUUUAUUCCACUGUACAGUAUCUCAUUUUACAUUCUGUUCUUGUUUAUCUUAUGCUAUUUACAUACAUAGAGACCAUAUGCAACAUUUAGCUUGUUGUGUUUUACUUGACAUGUAUAUAAUUAACUUCUCCUGCAUUUCCUGCACAUUGGUCUUGCAACAUCAUCUUUCACUAUUUUUAUUGGGUUUUUGACAUUUAUUUUCCAUUAUCUAUUACCAUAACCACACUGUAACUACUGUGCAUAUGACAAUAAAGCCUGAUGGGAAUAAUAUGGUUGAAGAACUGGAAAGUGUGUUGAAAUGGACCACUAACAUGAAAUUGAAAGCUGAUGGAAAAAAAAUGUUUGUUAUUAAAACAUUAUGCUGGACACACAUUUGUAGAGAGAACACCAAACUAUGGAAACGUCACACAAGUAAACACUAGUCACAUUUUGUAUUUUCCAUAAAAGUGUAGGGUAACUGUCUUGCCAGUUAGUCUCCGCCCCUCCCCAGAGUGUGUUGACCAAAAACUUGCAUGAUACGACUCGACUGUGUGAAAUUUGGCUGCCUAUCUACUACAGUUGAACACAAUCAAACAUCUCUCAAGGCCUGCAUUUUCACAGGUUUUUUUUCUGCGUAGAACAUAAUGUCUAAAGGUGAACCUGAAGAAAUGAUAGAGAUCGAGAUAGAUGAGCAGGAGAAGCAGGCAUGCCUGGAGGAAGGUGUUGAGGAGCAGACCAUUACUGCGUCAGAUCUGAUUCAACAAGAUAUUGACAUCAAUGAGCCCAUUGGCAAUUUGAAGAAGCUUUUGGAGCCCCGCAUCCAGAUAUCACUGGAUCCGUAUGAGAUCUGCUUGCAGGACAUUCAGCUUCACCCUGACCACAGCCUCUUUGACCAGGGUGUAAAAACCGAUGGCACCGUGCAGCUCAGCCUGCAGAUAAUAACCAAACCAGGAGAGGAGAAGUUGAACAUUUUGGAAAUUGUGAAGCCGGUAGAAACAGUAGAAGUGGUUAUUGACCCAGAUGCGGGAGAGGAUGGAACGAUGGUAGAGGAGGGUCAACUCAUUGCGGUGGAGCGAUCUGGCCUCUCUGAUGAGACCUCGGAGCAGGUUACACGCUGGGCUGCAGCACUGGAAGGAUACCGAAAAGAGCAGGUUCGCCUGGGCAUACCAUAUGAUCCUGUGCUCUGGUCUGCUGACCAGGUGAUCCACUGGGCAGUGUGGGUAAUGAAGGAGUUCAACAUCGAUGAGAUGGAAAUCGGAAGCAUUCACAUUCCAGGUCGAGAUCUCUGCUUCUUCAGCCAGGAAGAGUUCCUUCAGAAAGUUCCCAACGGAGAGAUACUCUGGAGUCACCUGGAGCUGCUGCGCAAAUAUGUGUUGGCAAGCCAGGACCAGUCGGGUGGGGACGCUACUGUCACCAUUGAUCAGCCCGUACAGAUAAUCCCAACACAAGUUAGCACACCCACUACCAUAAAGGUGAUGAAGCAGAGCCGUGGCCCCAGAACACCGCGUAUUUCAGGAGGAGAGGAGCGAAGCUCACCGGGCAACCGCACAGGCAACAACGGUCAGAUCCAGUUGUGGCAGUUCCUGUUAGAGCUGCUGACAGACAAGGAUGCAAGAGACUGCAUCUCCUGGGUGGGCGAGGAGGGCGAGUUCAAACUCAACCAGCCGGAGCUGGUGGCUCAGAAAUGGGGCCAGCGCAAGAACAAGCCUACUAUGAACUACGAGAAACUCAGCAGAGCCCUCAGGUAUUACUACGACGGGGACAUGAUCAGCAAGGUGCAGGGCAAGCGCUUCGUCUACAAGUUUGUGUGCGACCUGAGAACUCUGAUUGGCUACAGUGCUGCUGAUCUCAACAACCUGGUGACCGAGUGUGAACAGAAAAAAUUGGCCCGCAUGCAGAUGCACGGCAUCGGUCAGCCCAUCACCACGGUGACGCUGGCCACCACCGCACUAGACAAAGACAGUUGAAGCAGGACACGUGAAAACGCUCUCCUGCCGCCGCCAAAGUUUGCUCUCCAGCGCUGAUUGGAAAUCAAAUCAACUUUAUUCUUUUUUUGAUACAACUGUUUAUCAGGCACACAAAUGCACGGCUGAUCAUUGUGGAUUAACAACUUUGUUAUCUUUACAGUCUGAAGUGAGUCUGAGGUGGUAAAAAUGUAAUGACAUUUUUUUAUCCUUUCUUUACCUUUAACCAAGAGAUGUGUUCAGGAUGAGGAGGCGGGUGUCUGUGUGAUGGAGUAUUGCUGCGUGCAUGUGACCGAAUGCUUGAGUGAGUGAAUGAGAUAUGGACUUUGUUUAUGAGUCCCUUGUCUGUAGUUUAGAAUCAUUUCCACUGUAUAUACCGGUACUUCAUGUUUUUGAUAGCCACCAGGACAAGUGUAUUUUCAUAUUUUCCAUUUAUAGAGGACCUGCUUUGUAUUUUAUUUAGUGUUUGUUCCCUAAAUUGUUGGACCCUUUUUUGUCCACUAGAGGGAAUAAAGUGGCGAGCAUUUUUCUUAAUGUCUGAUUCAGUCUUUUCAUCUCUGAACUUAUUAUUAAAUAUUCUGUAUAAAUCAUAGUAAGGAACUUAAAAUGACAAACAGCCAGCAACUUAUGUACAUUCAAAAUUUUAUUCAUGGUAUAGUGAGUGUAGAAAGCAUUUUCCUUACUCUACGCAAAUGGUCCAUUUAACUACACAAUAACGGGGGGAAAGCAUCAUUUUU